AUGAGCAGGUACUAUGCCAUAAGUUGUGCUACCCCCCUACUCCAGUCCCCAGAAGGCAGUUCAUCACUGUCAAGCUCCUUGAGAUCCAGUAGCCCUUCACCAUCACAUUCCAUACGGCCACCAGUAAAGCAAAAAUGGCCAGAAACUUUCCAGGUACCCUGGGAGAAAGUGCCACCAGGUAUUUGUACUGCCACUGAAAGUGGGAUAAGGUCCUCACCAGCAGAUAGAAGGCAAAUGGUUCGGGUCUUGGUGGACAAAAUGAGGAAGUUUGAGGCCAACCCUUCGUGGUCGCAGUGCCUCAUAAUUUCUGUCAAGAUUGUCAACGAGUUUCCGCAGUCCUUCGCUGACAUGAUAGAAGGGAAAUUUAUAGGGGGAGGAUAUGCAUCUCUCCUGAGUCAAAUAAAAAUUCAUGUUGAGCAUUUAAACAGAAAUAACACUUUGGCACGGCGCAGGUCGUCACCACGGGCAAAGCCAAACACAGGCCCUGCAGAUAGCUAUGGCUGCACACGGUGGCAGCCAGACCUUCCACCUGAAGAAACAGAAAGCACACUGGAAGAGAAAACAAAGAUACUUUUGGAGUUCUUCUCUCGUGAGGGCUUGUCUGGGAUUGAAAGUACAGAUCUCAUGGAGGCAACGUACUACUUACAGCGCAAGAUGAUAAACACAACACCGGCCCACACACUUGAAUAUCUGAAAUCUCAGUGGCCAUACCUGUUUGUCCCUAGGAGUAUGUGUACACAUUUUGAGAUGUUAACAGACAUCAACAUUUUAGAACUGGAAGCAUCUCUUGAAGGAAAUGGGCAAAAUAUCAUGGAGUUCCUCAAGAAAAACCCUACCAAUAGUGAAGUCAAGGCUGUUCUGACCCGAAGCAAUACCAGUGUGGCAGCUCCAUAUGUUCUGCUAGUGCUGAUGGCUCACUUCAAACAGCAGAGUGAUGCACUGAUACUGGAAACAGAUGGGAACACUGUCCUUGGUGCUGAUCUGUGGAAGCUCACCUGGUCUGCGGAUUGCUGUCCCUGGUCCUGAAAUCUUCCAACAUCUCAUUUGGGAGGUAAUGCCCACUCACCACUUGCCCCAGUAGUCGCCAGUGGCGGUAGGCCUGGCUGCCCUGGUCCUUCUUGUGCUCUCCUGUCGAGCACCGAUAGGGCCUCAGAUACGUACAUAUAUACAUGUACAUAUAUAUACAUAUAAAUAAAUAAAUAAAUAGGGAAAGGAAAAGGGGGUCAGGGGCAACAUAAAAGCUAUAGUUAUAAUCAUGGGCGCAUAAAGAGAAAAUGAAAAAAACAGAAAUCAAUUAACACCAAUACUAGGGUUGAGCCGAAUACUCGGAUGAAACAAGUAUCCGGUACGGAUAAUGUACUUUUUACGAGCACGAAUAUCAUCCAAGUACAAUGUGUCAAUAUCCAUACUCGUGAUGAAGAAAAAUCCUCAUUGGGUAGCUGUGUCCAGUGUGUCCACAUCGUUCCGUGAUAGGCCAGUCACACACAGAGCUCCUCCUCUACACAGAGCUUACAUAGCUCGCUGCUGCUGCGCGACACAACAUAAUCGUCACAGCUACUCUCUUUACAUCUAUUAUCUAAUCUAUUAUUGUCAUAUAUUCUCAAUAAAAUAAAGUUUGCAAUUCUCAGAUUCGGCUCAACACAUUAUUCUCACCAUAGCUAAACACACAUUUACUGGACAUUCACACGUAAGCACAUAUUACUGAUUACAAACGGACAUUUCUAAAUUUUCUAGCUUCUAGCUUCUAGCUUCUAGCUUGCAAUUCCCAGAAAACCACCCUCGGUCAAAAAGAAUUACAGAGAUAAUAGGUAAAAUGAUUUGCACUGAUCUUGAGCCUUUCUCUGUGGUGGAGAGGAGAGGUUUCAAGUCACGUGUUGCCUUUCUAGAGCCCAAGUAUAAGAUCCCAUCAAGGCACUUUCAGUGGAACUGUAGUGCCUGAGUUGUAUGAAGCAAUGAGAGGGGAGUUGGUCCAGUCACUUAAGGCAGCUGAGGGAGGUGUCAUCAACCUCACUACUGAUCUCUGGACCAGCAACCACAAUGCUCAUGCAUAUCUCUGUAUUACUGGGCACUGGUGUGAACGUGUUGGGGAGUCUUCAGUACAGAGGAAAGCAGGGCUGCUAAAUGUUGGUGUGCUGGACAUUGAGCACACGCCAGACAACAUUUUGUGCUGCCUUAAGGAAAAGAUAAGAGAGUGGGAAGAGUCUGUUGGGCAGUCUAUUACAAUAGGGUUUAUUGUUUCAGAUAAUGCAGCCAACAUGGUGAAGGCUUUGAGGGAUUAUGGGCACAACAUCCGUUGCAUGUCCCAUACGCUUCACUUGGUGGUGACUAAAGCACUGGAGCUGAACAGGAUUGUGACAUCCAUUCUCUCCAAGUCCAGGAGCAUCUCUGGCUUUAUUCAUCGCUCAAGCAAAGCCACCAACAGACUACAUGAGCUGCAGAUGCAGCUGGACCUCCCCUUGCACACGCUCAUAACAGAUAUAAGAACAAGGUGGAACUAUACGUUCUAUAUGCUCCAGUGGCUGGUGGAGCAGCGCAGGGCUGUGCAGAUUAUGACACAGGAGUCCAUCAUGGGUAAAGCUCCAACAAUCAUCUUCCCAAAUGAGUGGAGAUUAGCAUCAGACAUGAUGACUGUUCUUAGUCCUUUUGAGAAGGUCACACGGGCACUCUCAAAACAUAGUGCCUCCAUCUCUGAGGUCAUCCCCCUACUGCAUGGCUUGUGCUCCAUCAUCAGAUCACUGCAUUUGGGAACUCUUGCAGUUGGUGAGGAUGAAUCUGAUGAUGUCAUGGCUGAUGGUGAUGAUCAGGAUGCCACAGUGGAGCUGGGGCAGGAUGUUGCUGCUGAGUCCAGGGAAAAGAUAUGCACAGCAGAUAGGAAACUGGCAGCCAAUCUGAGUAGACAACUAGAGUGGCAUUUUGAACCCAUCUUUUCAAAUUCCACAUUUCUGCUCGCCACUCUCCUUGACCCCACAUAUAAGGCCAGCUGUUUCCCAAACAGUGUUGAUGUGGAGACACUGAAGAGGACAUUAGUCCAUAGGAUGGAGCUCUGUGGUCCUGUGGCUGCACCUGCAAGAAACACAGAAGAGACACCUGUCACCAGUGGCUGCUCAGUCUUCUCCUUCUUGCAGAAAAAAAAACUGGCUACUCCAAUGAGGACACAUGCUCCAUCAGGUGACGUGGAAGCCUACCUGACAGAUGGGGACAUCAGCCUUACUGGUGACUCAGUGAAAUACUGGUCAGGCAAGCUUCAGUGCUUUGCACUGCAGCUUCUCAGUUGUCCACCUACAAGUGUCCAGUCUGAGCGUGUUUUUAGCAUGGCUGGAAAUGUGGUCAGUCCACAGCGUGCAAACCUAGACCCUAGUCAUGUGGAACAACUGGUCUUCAUUAAAGUUAAUGACGAUUUGAAAAACAGCAUAGGACUAUUUGAUCAGUAGAACAAUCUCUCCCACUCCCAAUCUCUCUCUCUUUCUCUCACUCACUCACUCAGUCACUCACACAUACACACACAUAAUUAACAUUGUGUUUUACUUUGUGUAGAAAUAACAAAUACCGCCCCCGCCCCCCCAAAUAAAUAAAUACAUUUUUAAAAAUAAUUAAAUACAAAUGUUAGGUACUUAAAAAAAGCCCUGCGAUCACACAGAAACAUCACACUGUUUAAAUUUAAUUUUUAAAAAGUAAAAAAAAAAAUCAAUAAAAAAGAAAUUUAUGUUGAGUAUGAAAACUCUAGUUCAUGCAUUUUGCUUCAUACUUCUUAAUACUGCAUGUGUUGUGUUCAUUGAUUAACUGAAGUUUAUUCCAGUUUAUAAAAAAACUUGUUCUGUAGUUCUCUUACUCUUGUGAUCAAAAACAUUGAUCUGAAGCUCAAUUCUGAGGCUGUUCUGUAAAUAGUUUUCUAAUAAACAAUAAAUCUAGCAACUUCUGAUCAACCCAUAUCCAUGUCAAGCUUAGCCCCUUAGCGCACAUGCCAAAUCUGGCCAAUCCUUGCUCAUUUAGGGGGCACCCUAUUUAAAGCUUUAUAACUCCAGAUGUGAACACCACAGAGACUUGAAAAAUGGCUUAAAUGAAGCCAGACAUUUGUACCAUUUACAGUACUAGCUUAGAUUCCUUUAUAUUAAUAAUUUUGGAAGAAAUAAAGUGCCACAAAUGAAAUUGUUUAGGCCAAAAAUCUCAAAUGAAUUUGCUCUUUUUUAGUUCGCAAUGAAAUACUGGGAGAUUGCAUAUAUACAGCAGGUUAAAGUAUACAUUUCCUGGAUCAAAAACCUCUUGACCACAAGUUCAUAAAAUAUAAGGGUGGAUAUGUAGAACUACUAAAGAUCUAUGAAGCAAAAACUAAGCAGUGUACCCAGCAUCUCCAAAUCUACCCAAAAUGUCUAAAUUAUGCAUUGCUGUAAAUCACAACAAAUUCAUGUAUUUCACAACAAAUCAACUGUUUUUACUCAAGAAACUCACUGUUGUAUCAUUUUCAAGUGGUAAUUACAAACCUGGAUAUUUGUAUAUGAUUGUCGGUUUUGUAUAAAACCAGUUUGAUCAUGGGCAACUAGGCAUGGUAAAACUGGAUUAAGAUGUAGAGCCAAUAUUUUUGCCAAGAUUUUUGAAUCAGUAUUUUGAAUUGAUAAUGGCCUAUAUGAUGAAGGAUUCGCUGGGUCCUUAUUUUCUUUAAGUAUAACCUGCAUAGUGGCCAGCUGCAGGGAUUUGGGAAGUUGUUUCAUCUUAAAAGAAUGCUGAAACAUUUUUGUUAAUAAUGGUGCAAAAAUUGAUUUUAAAGUCUUGUGUGCUGCCAUAUACUUCAGAUGGCAGCACAUCAGGGCCGCCAGCUUCACUAGAUUUUAAUGUACUUAUAACUUUCUCAACUUCUUCACAAGUAAUUUCAGAAUCAAGCAAACACCUGUCUUCAACUGACAUUUUAGGAAGCUGUAUAUUGUGGAAGAAAUUACUCAUCCUGUCUUCUACUGCUGAAAUUUCUGACUUAUAUAAUGAUGAAAAGAACUCUUUGAAAACUAAAGAAAUGUCAGAUGAGAUGUAAAUGAAUUUGCCAUUCUUGUCCUUAACUUUAGCAAUCAAGUUACUGGUAGUCCUAUUGUUAAUCAAAUUUGGCAAAUAACGGCCAGAUUUAUUACCAUAUUCGUACGUCUUAUGCUUUUGUAAGAACAGAGCCUUUUCUGCUUUUUGAGAUAACAAUGUAUUCAAUGCAGAACGUACAAUCACCACUUUAUCCAAGCUUUCUUUUGACAUAGUGCAUUUGUUUUCUGACUCGGCAUCCUGCAAUUGUAACUCAAGCCUUCUCUGUUCCUUAAUCAUUUUCUUCUUUUUAGCUACACAAAUAUCUGCUUUGGUUGUUUCCCACAGGUUUGAUGGAUCUGUUUCUUCAUUACCACUAUUCUCUAAAAACUGUGAAAGUUCUUCUUUGGCCAUAGAACAAAAUUCAGGGUCAGCUAGUACUGAUCUAUUACACUGCCAACUAGGACUCUGCUUAUUAGGAUUAGUAAUGGAAAUCUCUAUGGUAAUUGCAGCAUGAUAUGAAAUAUGGAUACUCCCAAUACUACAUUCCAGUACCAAAUCUACUGAUAUUCUAGGAACCAAAAAAUAAUCAAUUCUCGAAUAAAAUGUGUGAGGGUUAGUGUAGUGGUAAAAAUAGGUUCAGUUUCUGUCCUUUUGUUUCCUAUGUUCCAGAAACGUUUUCCCACUUUUAUCCACUUCACUGGGAGUUGGGUGCAGUUGUCUGACGCGUGUUGCAAUUGAAAUAAAAACGUAUUAUUGUU